CUCUUACACAGUUGCCAAAAUAACCCCUCUUAGUAAGUGGCAGCUUUAAAAACGAGACAACAGCUGAGUUUGAAGCAGAAGUUUAUCAAACGGGAGUUAGAAGCUUUGAGACUGUGGAUUGGCACAGAAAGACUAGAGUGUGUUUCAAAGGGCAAAGCAUUUUUUUUUUUUGCACAUAUUUUUGUAUCCUCUGAAAUUUUAAUAAUUCUUUUUUAUUUCCUUGGAUAACUUAAAGAUGAAUAUUCAGCCUUGUGCCAGAUGUUCCUACGGGGUUUAUCCUGCAGAGAAGAUAAACUGUAUUGACCAGACAUGGCACAAAGCCUGCUUUCACUGCGAGGUCUGCAAGAUGGUGCUAACUGUAAAUAACUUUGUUAGCCACGAGAAAAGGCCUUACUGUCAAGCACAUAAUCCAAAAAACAAUACAUUCACAAGUGUUUUUGAAACACCAAUAAAUAUGAAUGUGAAAAAGCAGUCUGAAGCAGUAAGCGAGAUUAAGUAUCGAGAAGAGGGUGAGAAGUUCAAAUCUGUUUUUCACUGGGAUAUGAAAUCCAGAGAUACAGAAACUGCCCGGAAAAUACAACUAAACAGUCAGGAAGCCUACCAUGCUGGAUAUGAAGGAGGCAAAUCCUGGUACUCAGAAACCAUCCCAGAUUCAGACAUGCUCAGAAUAGCUCAAGCACAGAACACUCUUUGUGAUAUGAAAUUUCAAGAUGAAUAUGAGCAGCCGAAGGGAAAAGGCAGUUUUCCUGCUUUGAUCACGCCAGCUUAUCAGAUAGCAAAGAAGGCCACUCAGCUAUCCAGUAAUGUGGAAUAUAAACGAGGGCAUGAAGACCGUGUUUCCAAAUUCACCAGUGUUGUGGAUACGCCAGAUAUACUCCAUGCAAAGGCUGGGGGAGAGCUCAUGAGUGACUCAAAAUACACCGAAGAGUAUGAACAACAGCGAGGCAAAGGCAGCUUCCCUGCUAUGAUCACUCCAGCUUAUCAGAUUGCUAAACGAGCCAAUGAACUAGCCAGCGAUGUUAAGUAUCAUCAAAGAUAUGAAAAAGAGAUUAAGGGAAAAGCAAGUCACUGUGAUGGUGCCUCAAAAGAAAAUCUAGAUCAAUUUAGUCAGGAUUAUAUGGAUGAAUAUGAAGAGCACAGGGGGAAAGGGAGCUUUCCAGCUAUGAUCACACCAGCGUAUCUAAAUGCUAAGAAGGCAAACGAAUUGGUCAGUGAUAUAAAAUACAAGAAGGAAUUUUCAAAGAUGAAAGGAGCAGCCCACUAUCAUUCUCUUUCAGCCCAAGAAAACCUAGUUCUUAAACAAGCCCAAGACGUGAACAAACUAUACAGUGAGGUGGAAUAUAAGAAAGAUCUGGAGAACAGCAAAGGCCACAGUAUUAACUACUGUGAGACCCCUCAGUUCAGGAAUGUUAGCAAGAUCGCAAAAUACACCAGUGAUCUCAAAUACAAAGAGCAUUACCAGAACCAGAAAGGUCAUUAUGAAGGAGUUGGCAUGGACCGGCGGACGCUGCAUGCCAUGAAGGUUGGCAGCUUGGCAAGCAAUAUAGCCUAUAAAUCUGAUUACACACAUGACGAUGUUGACUACAAUUACCCAGCUACCCUCACUCCUUCAUACCAAACAACAAGAAAGCUGGUCCCUCUGAAAGAUGUGAACUAUAAGCAAAGUAUAGAUAAGCUGAAAUACAGUUCUGUUACCUGCACACCUCAGAUGACCCAAGCAAAAAUCAACGCGCAGCAGCUUAGUGAUGUGAACUACCGAGCCCAGUAUGAGAAAACCAAAACACAUUAUACUUUGCCUCAGGAUUUACCACAGUUGGUCAAGGCCAAAGCCAAUGCAGAAUUAUACAGUGAGAUUAAGUACAAAGAAGGAUGGCAGAAGAGCAAAGGCCGCAGCUUUGAAAUGGCACUGGAUUCCAUGUCUUUGCUUGCUGCCAAAGCUUCAAGGGAUCUUGCCAGUGAUAUUAAAUACAAAGAAGAAUAUGAGAAAACAAAAGGCAAAGCAAUGGCAAACAAAGAUUCAAGACUUCUGCACUCUCUGCGAGUAGCUAAAAUGAGUAGCGAGGUUGCAUAUAAAAAGGACUCUGAGAAGACUAAAGCACAUUUUCACUUGCCGAUGGAUAUGAUAAACUUGGAACAUGCCAAGAAGGCCCAAGCCCUGGCUAGUGACCUUGACUAUAGGAAGAAAAUCCAUGAGUAUACGGUGGUUCCGGAAGACCUAAAGACACGGUGGGCAAAAAAAGCCUAUGGGCUGCAAAGUGAGCUUCAAUACAGGACAGACCUUACGUGGAUGAAAGGUGUUGGCUGGAUAGCAGAUGGAAGUCUCAAUAUUGAGCAAGCAAAGAAAGCAGGAGAACUUGUUAGUGAGAAAAAGUACAGACAGAAGGCUGAUGCUCUAAAGUUCACAAGUGUGGCAGACAGUUCCCAGAUCAAACAUGCGAAGAAAAGCCAGGAACUGCAGAGUGAUGUUGCAUACAGAUCAGGAAAACAGGAUUUUCUUCAUAAUUAUACCAUCAGCAAAGAUGAGCCACUCUUCAUACAAGCCAGAAUAAACGCAGCAAAUAUUAGUGAGAAAAUCUACAAGAGUAGUUGGGAGAAGCAGAAGGAGAAAGGAUUUGAACUUCAUCUUGAUGCAAUACCAUUCCUGACAGCCAAAGCAAAGAGGGACCUGGCAAGUGAUAUAAAAUACAAGGAGAAUUAUGAGAAGACUAAAGGAAAGUUGAUUGGAGCGAAAGGUGUAAGCGAAGACUCGCAAAUGGUUCACUUGCUCCAUGUUUCAAAGUUGCAGAGUGAUCUGGAGUAUAAAAAGGCAUCUGAGGCUGUAAAGAAUCAAUAUCGUGUGUCUAUGGACAUGAUCAAUCUUGUCCAUGCCAAGAAGGCCCAGGAUUUGGCCACUGAUAGGGGAUACAAGACCAUCAUGCACAAUUACACUGCUUUGCCUACAGACAUGAAGAUGGAAUGGGCCAAAUGGGCUUAUGGCUUGCAGAGCGAUAACCGAUACAGAGCAGAUUUGAACUGGAUGAAAGGAGUUGGUUGGAUCGCCACUGGGUCAUUAAAUGUGAAGCAGGCUAAGAAAGCAGGAGAACUCAUUAGCGAGAAGAAGUACCGUCAGCAUCCAUAUGCUUUGAAGUUUACCAGUAUUAAAGACACUCCUGAGAUGAUCCAGGCUAGAAUUAGUUAUAACCAGGCUGUGGAUAGGCUGUAUAAGGAGCAUGGAGAGAACAUAAAGCAUCAUUACACUCAGACAGCAGAACUUCCUGAGAUCUUUCAAGCUAAACAAAAUGCUCUGAAUAUCAGUGAGACUCGCUACAAGGAAUCUUGGAGCAAGAUGCGAGAUGGUGGUUAUAAACUGAAACUGGAUGCCAUUCCUUUCCAGACGGCAAAGGCUUCAAGUGAAAUUAUAAGUGAUUUCAAGUACAAGGCGGCAUUUGAGAAAGCGAAAGGGCAGAUGACUGGUUCCUGCGGCUUGGAAGAUAUAAAUAUUUCUCAUUCUUUGCAUGCGGCUUUGCUACAGAGCGAUGUGAAUUACAAGAAAGAUUUUGAUCAUCAGAAGAGCCAGUUCCACCUACCGUUAGACAUGGUGAAUUUAGUACACGCCAGAAAAGCUCAGUCUUUGGUCAGUGAUCAGGAAUACAGACAACUCCUUCAUGAUUAUACUUCUCUGUCUGAAGAUGUUAGGCUGCGGUGUGCCAAGAAAGCUUAUAAACUACAGAGUGAGAAUUUAUACAGGUCUGACUUGAACUUUAUGAGAGGAGUUGGCUGUAUUGUACCAGGGGCCUUAGAGAUUGAAGCAAAGAAGAAAGCUUCUGAACUCAUCAGCGAGAGUAAAUACCGUCAGCAGCCGGAUUCCUUCAAGUACACAUCGGUGACAGACUCUCCUGGCCUCCUUCAUGCAAAAUUCAGCAAUAUGAUUGCUAAUGAGCGCCUCUACAAGGAAGCAGGGGAGAAUGCUUUGCAUCACUACACAGUAACCUUAGGACUUCCUGAAUUUGAAAGGGCAAGAAUGAAUGCGAUCAAUGUCAGUGAGGCGAAGUACAGGGAAUCUUGGCAUAAUCUACGCGCUCAAGGCUACAAGCUGACAAUGGAAGCAAUUCCCUUCCAGACUGCCAAGGCCUCAAGAGAAAUUGCCAGUGAUCUUCAAUACAGGCACAACUUUGUUCAGGAGAGGGGAAAGCAUAUUGGUGCCAGAAGUAUUCUGGAUGAUACCAAUCUGUUACACUGCUUGUAUGCUGCAAAGUUACAGAGUGAACAGGAGUACAAGAAAGGCUCCAAGAAUAUCAGUUCUCAGUACAAUCUGCCUUUGGACAUGGUCAACCUAGUUCAUGCCCGAAAGGCCCAGAACCUAGUGAGUGACCAGGAUUACAGGAGGAGACUGCAUGACUAUACAGCGCUUCCUGAAGACUUGAGGAUGAAGUGGGCAAAAAGAGCUCACUUGUUGCAGAGCGAGUUUCGCUACAAAUCAGACCUGAAUUUCAUGAAGGGGGUUGGAUGGGUGGCUCUGAGAUCCCCUCAGAUAGAAAAUGUAAAGAAGGCUGGAGAACUCAUCAGUGAGACAAAGUAUCGUCAAAAACCAGAUAGUCUGAGGUUCACCACGGUGACAGAUGCCGUGGACUUCGUCCAUGCUAAGAAUAGCUACAUUCAAUGCAAUGAACGGCUAUACCGGGCUGGGCACUUGGACUCCAUGCACAGCUAUACUCUUCCCCCUGACCACCCUGACUUCAUAAGGGCACGACUGAAUGCACUGCAUAUCAGUGAUAAACUAUAUAAAACAUCUUGGGAGCAGACUCGGGCAGCUGGCUAUGAUUUCAGAUUGGAUGCCAUCCCUUUCCAGACAGCUAAAGCUUCCAGAGAAAUUGCCAGUGAUUUCAAAUACAGAGAGUCCUUCCUGAGGGAUAGGGGUCAACAGAUUGGACUUCGCAAUGUGAAUGACGAUCCCAAAAUGAGGCACUUCCUCAAGAUGGGCCACCUCCAGAGUGACAAUCAAUAUAAGAGGGAUUUUGUCAGAAACAAAGCACAGUUCAAGAGCCGAAUUGAUCAGCCAGGAUUUAUCCAUGCAAAGAAAAGUCAACAGUUGAUAAGUGAUGUCAACUACAGGCAACACCUGCAUCAGUAUACGUGUGACCCAGAACAGCUUAAUCUGAAACAUGCCAAACAAGCCUACAAACUCCAGAGCGAUGUCAAGUACAAAUCCGAUUUGAACUGGAUCAAAGGCGUUGGCUGGACCCCUCCAGGUUCUUACAAAGUGGAAAUGGCCAGAAGAGCUGCUGAGCUGGCAUAUGCUCAGGGACUACUAGAACCUCAAGGGACUUUGAAUCCGUAUGAGCCGGAAACUGAACAAACAGCCGGAGAAGGAUACCAACAAGUAAGAAUCAACCCCGAUGCUGCAGAAAUUCUGCAAGUCAAGCGGAGAAAAAUGCAGCUAAUCAAGAAAUGAACUGAAACAUGGACAUCUGUCAGAAGAAAAUGCAUAUGUUUUUCAGCUUGCUCUGCAAGUCAGGUAGCAUAGAGGAUAAUAUCAAAAAAGCCAUUUUGUUUAUUAAAGAGGGGGAUUAACCCUGCACAAGUAAUUUCAUAUUGAUCUUUAUAUUUUUGCAUGGAUGCUGUAAGUGAUUUUAAGUUUAUGUAUCAUGGAACAUGGUAUUUAUUUAUGAUGGCAAAUGAGAUUAGUACUAGAUGACUGGCAGGCUCAGCUUUGUACUAAAAUGAAUGAACCAUGAUUUGCUGAAAACAAAAGUAUUUGUACUGAAAAUAAAUCAGCAGAAUCACUUUCGAUAAAUA